CUCUGGAGCCUAUAUAACCACCCGUUUGAAAGUUAAAGAACUCUAACUCUCUGUGAAAGAGCAAGACUAUAGUUAUCUCUGAGUUUGAAGCUAGCUCCUCUGAUUUCUCCUCUCUCUAUCCAGCUAUGGUGUCUUUUCAAGCUCAACCCCUUUCACCAAACCAGAAGAAAUCAAUCCCAGACUCAGAGAUUUCAUCCAAGAAGAGAAAGUGGGAUGACCCUUUUCCUUUUGUGGAACAACUACUCGAAAAGCGUCCGAAACUAGCUGAUCAAAUCAGACCAAAGUCCUUUUUUGAUGUUGAGCUCCACCUCGAGACUCCAUUGCCUUUGGAGUGGCAACGAUGCCUUGAUAUUCAGUCGGGCCAGAUACACUUUUACAACACAAGGACUCAGAUGAAGACUUCAAGGGAUCCAAGGAGGAGUACUCCUGAGCCACCAACCACUAAUCACAUGAGCUUAGACCUUGAGCUCAACCUGAGAUGCGACUCCAAGCCUCAUUCAGACAUAUCAGCAAACAGCUUCGGGGAACUUUUCAAGAACAACUCAUCAAGGUUGGGACUUGAUCAACUUGAUCAUGACCAAGAGAUGGUGGCAACUGUGUGCAUGAGGUGUCACAUGUUGGUCAUGCUGUGCAAGUCUUCACCUGCAUGCCCAAAUUGCAAGUAUAUGCACACAACUGAUCAGAGCCCCUCAACCCUAUUCAAGCCAAUGAGUCAAGGUCAUGUAGCUUCAUCAUGUGCUAGUAAGAUCAAAGCCUGGUAUUAGUGAAUUGAGGAAAAUUAAGAAGCCAGGCUGAUCACCCUCUAGUAAUACAAAUUAUGUAACUGUUAAUUACGUGUCUUAAUUUUAAGCUAAAAGGGUCUUCUCCCGAGGAGGCUUUGGCUUUGCUCUAAGAUAAAAGAGAGAGGGACUGAGGGACUAACCUUAAGUAGAUAGGGCAGCGAUCACGGCACUCCAAAUCGUUUUUUUUAUAAUACUUAAGCGCAUAAUGAAGUCUUAUGUGACUGCAAGAAGCUAAAAUUGGAGAGCUGUUGAUCCCUACCAUAUGCAUAAUGUAAAUACGGAAGUGUAUUAUCCACUUAGAUUUGUUUAAAGUUCGGGUGUCAGUAAUCACGAAUUGGCUCUAUAAUCUCCCUCACUGGAUCCGCCAUAUGCUAAUUAUAAUAAAAAUUUUAUC